CCGAGAUACGGGUCGGCGCCAUUGACAGGGAGUGUGCGGCGGGAGUGGUAUAUAUUGAUGGUCUUGCGCCUUGUGUGCGUAGUUUUUUCUUACAUCGACCGCAUCAUCGUCGAGCUGUAAGGAAGCGGGUUUUGAGCUUGCCGUUCUUCUCCAUCCUUUGUCAGGAAAACAAAAAACAUGCGUGAGUGCAUCUCCAUCCACGUGGGCCAGGCUGGUGUCCAGAUCGGCAAUGCCUGCUGGGAACUCUACUGCCUGGAGCACGGCAUCCAGCCGGAUGGGCAGAUGCCCAGUGACAAGACUAUUGGAGGAGGGGACGACUCCUUCAACACCUUCUUCAGCGAGACCGGAGCCGGCAAACAUGUCCCCAGGGCUGUAUUUGUGGAUCUGGAGCCCACAGUCAUUGAUGAGGUGCGCACUGGGACCUACCGCCAGUUAUUCCACCCUGAGCAGCUGAUCACUGGCAAAGAAGAUGCUGCCAACAACUACGCUCGUGGGCACUACACCAUUGGGAAAGAGAUCAUCGACCUGGUGCUGGACAGGAUCCGCAAGUUGGCUGACCAGUGCACUGGGCUCCAGGGCUUCCUGGUCUUCCAUAGCUUUGGAGGUGGUACUGGUUCUGGUUUCACCUCCCUGCUGAUGGAACGCCUGUCUGUUGACUAUGGCAAAAAGUCCAAGCUGGAGUUUUCCAUCUACCCAGCUCCCCAGGUGUCCACAGCUGUUGUGGAGCCCUACAACUCCAUCCUGACCACCCACACCACCCUUGAGCACUCUGAUUGUGCCUUCAUGGUGGACAACGAGGCCAUCUAUGACAUUUGCCGUAGAAACCUAGAUAUUGAGCGCCCUACCUACACCAACCUCAACAGGCUCAUUGGCCAGAUUGUGUCCUCCAUCACAGCCUCUCUCCGAUUCGACGGUGCCCUCAAUGUUGAUCUGACAGAGUUCCAGACCAACUUGGUGCCCUAUCCCCGUAUCCACUUCCCUCUGGCUACCUAUGCGCCAGUUAUUUCUGCAGAGAAGGCUUACCAUGAGCAGCUCUCUGUGGCUGAGAUCACCAAUGCCUGCUUUGAGCCAUCCAAUCAGAUGGUCAAAUGCGAUCCCCGUCACGGCAAGUACAUGGCCUGCUGCCUGCUGUACCGUGGUGACGUGGUACCCAAAGAUGUGAAUGCUGCCAUCGCCACCAUCAAAACCAAGCGCACCAUCCAGUUUGUGGACUGGUGUCCCACUGGUUUCAAGGUUGGCAUCAACUACCAGCCCCCCACUGUGGUUCCUGGUGGAGACCUGGCCAAGGUACAGAGAGCAGUGUGCAUGCUGAGCAACACCACUGCUAUUGCUGAGGCCUGGGCCCGUCUGGACCACAAGUUUGAUCUGAUGUAUGCUAAGCGUGCAUUUGUGCACUGGUAUGUGGGUGAGGGUAUGGAGGAGGGAGAGUUCUCUGAGGCCAGGGAGGACAUGGCAGCCCUGGAGAAGGAUUAUGAAGAGGUGGGGGUUGACUCGAUGGAAGGCGAGGGUGAAGAUGAGGGUGAGGAGUAUUAACUUGUGUGGCCAAGAUAGAUAGAAAAAUAUGAAAUUGUGUUGUCUGUCAAAAGGAAAAACGGAUAAAUGCCUCUUAUUACCUGCUUUACAUGUGUCUACAUUAUCUGAGGUACACUUUAGGACAUUCUGUGUACAACAAAGUAAUGUUGUAGAAGCAUGAAUUGCUCUCCAAAUAAAGACAUUUAUGUAACCCUACCCUCUUGUGGGCCUAAAUAAAAUGACUUCUUCUGU